UGUCAGUGAUCAAACCUCAGGUUGACUACCGUGAUUGAAAAUCAAGAGCAAAGUGCACAUGGAUUAUUAAUACACGUUAAUAAGUUUUUAACAUUCUGAGCAUAUUUCGAUAGUAUAGAUAAACGGUUGGUUAUUUUUUGUGCAAAUAUAUUCAUACUGUAGGAAAAAUGGUGUUGUCGUGUCGAUUUUACAAAGAAAAAUAUCCUGAAGUGGAAGAUGUAGUUAUGGUGAAUGUACGUAGCAUAGCUGAAAUGGGAGCAUAUGUACAUUUAUUAGAAUAUAAUAAUAUUGAGGGUAUGAUCCUCCUUUCUGAAUUGUCUAGAAGACGUAUUAGAUCUAUUAAUAAACUUAUUAGAGUAGGAAAAACUGAACCAGUUGUUGUUAUUAGGGUUGACAAAGAGAAAGGUUAUAUUGAUCUUAGUAAACGUCGUGUAUCAGCUGAAGAUGUAGAAAAAUGCACAGAGAGAUAUGCAAAAGCAAAGGCUGUAAACUCAAUAUUAAGACAUGUUGCAGAAUUAUUACAUUAUGAUAGUGAUGAUCAACUAGAGGAAUUAUAUCAAAAAACUGCAUGGCAUUUUGAAGAAAAAUAUAAGAAACAAAAAGCUUCUGCAUAUGAUUUCUUUAAGCAAUCAGUUUUGGAUCCAUCUAUUUUAGCAGAGUGUGGGCUUGAUGAAUAUACAAAAGAUGUAUUAUUAAAUAAUAUUAAACGAAAAUUAACUUCUCAAGCAGUAAAAAUUAGAGCAGAUGUAGAAGUAGCUUGUUAUGGUUAUGAAGGAAUUGAUGCAGUGAAAGCUGCUUUAAAAGCUGGUUUGGCUCUUUCCACUGAUGAACUUCCAAUUAAAAUUAACUUAAUUGCACCACCACUGUAUGUUAUAACAACAUCUACACCAGAAAAACAAGAUGGUUUAAAGGCAUUAAAUGAUGCCAUUGACGCUAUACAAAAUAAAAUAACAUCAUUGGGAGGUGUAUUUAAUGUUCAAAUGGCUCCAAAAGUUGUUACUGCAACUGAUGAAGCAGAAUUAGCAAGACAAAUGGAACGAGCUGAACUCGAAAAUGCUGAAGUUGCUGGUGAUGAUGAUGAAGAAGAAGUGGAAGGAAUGGAUGGAUUUAGUGGUGGUGAAGGCGCAGAGGAAGAUAAAAAACCCGAAAACGAUUCUCAAGAAGAAGAAUAAACAUAGAAUAAAUUAACAAAUUAUCACGUUUCAUUAACUAACAGUUGUUUUUAAAUCACAAUUGUACUUUUAUAAGUACGCUACUGCCUUGUUGGACAUUAUGCAGAAUAUUUCAAAUAUGUACACAAAAAUCAAUGUAUUAUAAUUUAUAAAUAAUUUUUUAUGAACUUCAUGAAAUAAACAGAUCAAUAAUGUCUAAAUUA